AGAGAGAGAGAGAGAGAGAGAGAGAGAGAGAAUGGCUGUGAAAUUCAACUCUGUUGCCUUUCAAUCCCAAAAGUUGCCCUGUUUUGCAGUCUUGGAGAAGGCCAGUCUAGGAUGUCCCAAGCAUUUCAUGGCUGCCACAACCCUUCCCUCAAGCUCUAACUCUAAGAUGGAGCUUGAUAAUAUGAAGAAGCUAAAUCUUGGUCAGAAGGCAAGAGUUCAAGUAACUCAUUCUAUGCCACAAGAGAAGAUAGAGAUAUUCAAAUCCUUGGAAGACUGGGCUAAAGAGAAUGUGUUGGUUCACCUAAAACCAGUAGAGAAAAGUUGGCAACCGCAACAGUUUUUGCCUGAUCCAAAAUCAGAUGGGUUCAUGGAUCAAGUGAAGGAAUUGAGAGAAAGGGCAAAGGAGCUUCCAGAUGAUUACUUAGUUGUAUUGAUAGGAGACAUGAUCACAGAAGAAGCUCUUCCAACAUACCAUUCUUGGAUUAACACAAAUGAUGGAAUUAGAGAUGAAACAUGCUCAAGCCUUACUCCUUGGGCUAUUUGGAUUAGGGGAUGGACGGCUGAAGAGAAUCGCCAUGGUGAUCUUCUCAACAAAUACCUCUAUUUAUCUGGUCGAGUUGACAUGAAACAAAUUGAGAAGACAUUGCAUUAUCUAAUUGGCUCUGGAAUGGACCUUAAAACAGAAAACAAUCCCUACCUAGGGUUCAUUUACACGUCAUUCCAAGAAAGGGCAACCUUUAUUUCCCAUGGUAACACAGCCAGGCUUGCCAAACACUAUGGCGACAACAACCUAGCUCAGAUAUGUGGCACAAUUGCCUCUGAUGAGAAGCGGCAUGAAACUGCUUACACCAAAACAAUUGGGAAGCUAUUCGAGAUUGAUCCCGACACAACUAUCACAUCAUUUGCCAAGAUGAUGCAGAAGAAAAUAUCAAUGCCAGCUCACUGGAUGUACGAUGGUGAAGAUGACAAUCUUUUUCUGCACUUCUCAACCGUUGCCCAGCGGCUCGGUGUGUACACCGCCAAAGACUAUGCUGAUAUUUUGGAGUUUUUAGUGGACAAAUGGAAUGUAGAGAAGCUUACUGGACUUUCUGGUGAGGGAAGAAAGGCUCAAGAUUAUGUUUGUGAGUUAGGUCAAAGAAUUAGAAGGCUAGAGGAGAGAGCUCAACUAAAGGCCAAGCAAGCACCAGUUAUUCCUUUCAGCUGGAUUUUCAACAGAACUGUGAAGCUCUAAAUGCAAGAGGGUGACAAAUGAUGGGUUACUUGUUAGUUGAAGCUUUGCUCAACCAAGGACAUAAAAUAGAAGUUUAAUACAUGAAUAUGUGUUUUAUUGGGAAGUUAGAGACUAUUGCUCCAAUAGACUAAUGUAUGAGGUUUGUAUGUUAGGUAAGAAACUAUUUUGUGUAAUGGGUUUGUCAAGGUGAUCUCACUUUUUGUCUCAAAUGUAUGUGGGCUGAUGUACAUCACCAUAGUGUAUCCAUUACAAAAAAUAUCAUCGUCUCUUUAUUUGGUAUUAUGAAUAUUAAUUAAAGAAA